AUGCCUUUUCCGGCAACUCCAUCACCAUUCCGCCUCUCCCGCCGCAACCCAUCCACGCGCCGCAGUGGCCCUCAAUUCGCCCCCACACCUCGGUUUCUGCUGUCACAAAGUGCAACACAGAAGGAAGAUGAUGAUCUUGAUGUGAUAGAUGAUGAUGGGCCAUCUUCAACGCGCAAAGUCGCGCGUAACCCGCCUGCUACCCAGAGCCUCCCCCGCUCGCGCCAACAACGCGACGUGAUCGAGGACUCUGAUGAUGCCGCAAAGAUAGCAGAUAUACGAAUCGGAGGGAGAGAUGCGGACGAGAUAACAGGUGAUGCCAUAGAAAGCACUCCUCCCGAAGAACCAGAGACUCCGGGCAUCCUGGACGCUGAGUUCGACGCACUGUUUGCGCCUGUCAGAGAUGGGAAUAAAAGGCGUCGUGUGGAGGGAGCGACGCCCUUCGGUCGAAGCAAUCUUACACAGAUCGACCCAAUAUUAUCAUCGCCACCUGAAACUGCAAAUCCUACAACUGAUCCCCUCGAUUUACCCGAUCAAAGCACUACGACAUGGGAUAUGGGUACUCAGAGAACUCCUGCACCAAGUGCACGUCAAUUUGCGCCAGCCACAUCAACGCCAGGCAAUAUAAAAACGCCAUUCCGCGGUCGUCCUCGGUUUACGCUUUCCUCAACGGCAAAGCCUCCCAGUAGCCAGUCCGCACCUAAAUUCAAACUAAACACACUGGGCAUAUCGCCGCCUGAGAGGCGGAAACCGGCUUUUGUUUUGCCUCGCUCGCCGUCGCCAAAUCCGGAUACAGAGGAAAUUCCCGCGCCAUUCUCUCCCUCUUCGCGCACGCUGAAUCGCCGUAGUCGAAAUCGACCUGGUGUGUCCAAUUAUAUUCCUGGCGGAAUGGCCGCUGAGGUACGUGGCUGGAUCUUGGAAAUGGGGACGAAACGUGAACAGGUGCCAAUGCCCCCGUUGGCUCGAGCGUCAGACUUGCAGGCGGUGGAUGCCUCACUGGAAAAGCUGAAGGCGUAUCUCCUAACUGCUCGUGUCAUCAAUGUCAGCCAGUCAACUCUGGGAGGCUGUGGCCCUCUCGCCUUCCUUCAAGCAGAAGUGCUUAGUGGGGAUUAUUUGCAAGGGAAAAACCCCAAUGCGGCCUUGAAUAUCAUGAUUAUGGGACUCUCGCGGUCUAAAUCCGUUGUUCGUCAAAAUCCCUCGCAUUCUGAUGCCCCUGUAACACCAAAUCUGCGGAAAGGGGAUAUAGUGGGAAUUUACAGAGGGCUCAACUGGAGUUUGGAGCUCGGGAAUCACUUCUGGGAUCAUCAAACACCUGGUCAAAUAUCUGACUACGUGUCGGAGUGUGGCCUAUCUGAAAAUGAUGGACAACCAGAGACAAAAGAGGGCUGGCUCAUAGCCAUGGAAUGGGACCUCGUGGAAACAGCCCCAUGA